AUGGCCGCGGAUAGCGAGUUCUUCAUGCCCGACGAAGGGCUGACCCAUGAGAGAACGAUAAUGGCCUGGCCGGGGAACAACAAUCCCAAUUACCAGGAGGCCGACAGCCUGGAGCGCAUGAAGGCCGAGCUGUCCGCCAUCGCGAAGGCCGUCUCCGACUUUGAGCCGGUGACUCUGCUGGUCAGUUGCGAGCAAGUCUCUGACGCGAGGCGCAGAUUGGACGGGCGUGGAAAGUAUGACAUUGAUAUUAAGGCCAUAGGAGCAAACGACUUAGAGCCCUGGAUGCGUGAUGUGGCGCCGACGUUCGUGUUUGGCCAGGAGACAAACUCAACUCUCUACGGGGCUGAUUUCAACUUCAAUGGUUGGGGAGAACGGUACCCGUCAGCCAGCAAUGCUCACUUGGCCGGAUACUUCCUCAGCGAUACCCGCAUCCCCCGCGUAGAAACCUCGAUCGUUAUCGAAGGGGGUUCCCUGGAAAUUGAUGGCGAAGGAACCCUGUUGGCGACGGAAAGCUCAGUUCUCAACCCAAAUCGGAACCCAGGCAUGACGCGCGAGGCGGCCGAGGAGGAGCUUCAUCGGGUUUUGGGUGUCGACAAAGUGAUUUGGGUACCUGGUGUGAAAAAUGAGGAUGUGACUGAUGCUCAUAUCGAUGCCCUAGCUCGCUUCACUGCGCCUGGAAAAGUUGUGCUGAGCCGUCCUAGUCCGGAUGAUCAAGUAUGGACGGCGGUUUAUCAUGAUACCAAGCGUAUUUUGUCUAAGGCUGUUGAUGCCAAAGGGCGAGCAUUCGAAAUCACCGAGUUGCCUGAGGCGGAUGCCAAUGAUAUCGAUUCCUCUGAAACAGAAAUGGUACUGGGCUAUGUCAACUACUUGCUUGUCAAUGGUGGGGUCAUCGCUCCACGAUUUGGGAGCCGCAAGACAGAUACCAAGGCGAAGGAGAUACUCCAGAGUCUCUUCCCAGAACGAGAGAUUGUCCAAGUCUAUCUUAAUGAGAUCGCGAUCAAUGGAGGGGGAAUACACUGUAUGACGCAACAGAUCCCUGCAGCAAAGCCAUAG